AUGCUUCAGCCCUAUCACCUUCCAAGAGUGUCGAAAUUGUUGACACCGCGUGUUGCCUUCGCUCCAGAGCUUGUGAAUGUUUGUGAGAAGAUGUCGCUUAAGGAGAUCAGAUGGCAUUUCUCCAGAAUUGCAAUAAUAGACAGCCAGUCCAGUGCCGGUCUUCUUGCGCAACAAAACAUGGCCUUGGCAUGGCUUGCUACACCGGUCCAUCGAAGCAUGUCCACGCGAUCUGCAGCUCAAAACGGUCGAUGGCUGGCUUGGCGGAAGACAGCCAUUGGCUUGGAGUGGCCAAUGCGGCUUGAAUGUAGUAUUGAAGCUGUUUAUGGUAGUUGUGGUCUCUCUCAGGUAGCGACGUCUUUUGGGGAGGGGAAGAUGUAUUUAAAGGUGAUGACGGAAGGACGCGUGAAAAGUGGGCUCGCGCGACUUCACCUUAUGUAUCAAGCUUGGAUUUGGUUGUUUGGUCUUGUCGCAUGCGUGGUCGCUGAGGAGGAGGAGGAAGUCAGAGCGAAGACAUCUUGGGCAGAUCGAGAGAUCUUCUUGAGCGACAGUAUACCUGCGAUGCUGGAUAUGGACUUUGCAGUAGUGGAUCUUGUUGUCCGACGAACGCUGGCUGCUGUGGGCAAGGAUGCAUUGAUCGAGCUGUACAAUGUGUGCUGCUACGGAUACGUCUGUCCACCCGGUAGGUCAUCUUUCCGUAUCCACAGUCAGGAAUGGCUGAUCGAUGUAUCUCAGGCUCGAGGUGCUAGCACCCCAAUGUCUGAGACAUUCGCUGACCUUCGAGUCAUUGCUUUUCAGGGAUACUGCAAACCUCCUGGGUGGGGAUGUUGUGGUAGCCAGGGCCAGAUCUACCCUCUAGAUGGAUCGCAGUGCUGCUCUGAUGGAAACCACUGCCCUCCUGGAAGCCGCUGUGUGAGAUGUUCGGACGACGUAAGCGAGAUCUGCUGUCGUGGAUCGUCUGGACUCUUCACGGCCACCUAUGCAACCGACGUCGCAACCUUGACGUAUUCUUCUGCCGACGAAGCUACCACGAGCUAUUCAACGUAUACCAUGGAACGCGAAUCGCGAGAUAGGAGGAGUUUUGUACUGACCUUGCGUGAAUUUUGGCAGGUACAUCUCGUACUAUCCUUCAUAUACGCCGACCGCGUCGACUACUCGUACGUGACAAACUCUGCCGAUGCCGAAAGCUCGUUUGCGGAGAUCACGAGCUCGAUUGCGUCGGAUGCGAGCUGGACCGCGAGUUUCAAUUCUGAUCUGGCGACGAUCCUUGCAACAGUGCCCUCAGUAUCACUGGCGGGAGUGGAGGCAGUUCCAGCGGCGGAGGAGGAGCUUCGGCAGCAAGUUCUUGGAACGCCAAUGUCCUGGGCGUACUCUUCGGCGUUUUUGCGAUCGUGGUUGGAAUGCUCGCAAUCGCGUUGUAAUUGGACGGUGAAGUCUGGAAGAGCGUUCCGAUUCUGCUACGUAUUGACUGCCAUAGAAUACACGAUCACUGCAGAAGACGUGAGCCUCAUCGCGUUGCGUGUCAUCCCUGUUGAAUCUAAAUUUGACUAUCGCAAAGAGCAGUGGGGGUUUACCAUUGGGCAGGGACAUCACGAUCUCAUCAUCACUGCAGUGUUGUUGUUGAAGUGCAGGCGGAGGAACGAGGAGGAUCUCGACGAGCCGAAAGCCGACCACACUUGCACACCUCCUGCCCUUCCUUCCCUUUCACCACGCGUCUUUGCUGAAACAUCACACCCAUCCAUGCUGCCAGAUAAGACGAUUUCUAUCGACGUGACCGAUGGCGGCCAGCAACGCAUAGAGGAAAGAGAAGAGAUGGCUUUGCUUUGGUACAGAAGAAGGCAUCGUAUCGCCGCGAAUCGCGUCGGAGCGUUGAAGACCUGCGUUGGAUGGCCCUGGGGAGCAUGUCAUAUGCCAUGGAGAAUGCUUUGCGCCGACCUUGGGACGGUAUCCAUCGUGGUUGACAAUGGAGAUGUUCACUUUCGACCACUUUCGGUGUCAGCGCGAAAUGCCUCACGCGUCAUCACAGGAUCGGUCGGUGCCUCAAUACCAGAUGAGAAGAUGUCUUGGGAUGUUUCGACUGUAAGUGUAGAGCUUCCUGGAAAGACUAUUGCAUCGCUGACUUCGCCUUCUUUCAAUCGCGACUCGCACCUUAGCUGCUUUCCUGAAGCAGAUACGCGUCAGAAGCAUUCAGUAUCCGCGGCAACGGCAGGGACGGCGUCAGUGCUGCCAGCAGUAUCAGGUACAGGCAGGCUCACUUCAUGUCCUCACUAUGGCUUGAUAUGUCACAUGGACGACGACAUCUUUUCACGUCUACGUCAAGCACUGCAUCUGAGCUGCAACAUAGCGCUAUCAGCGUUUGCAUCUCGUCUCCUUCGCGGGAGGCUGCAGACGCGUGCCAGAGGGCAGAAGCUCGGCAACAUGCAGCACCUCGCGCUCAUGAACCUUCGCCGCAAAUCCGCCCAGUUACCACAUCACCCAAACCUGCUGCUUUCCGCCUACAUCUGCGCACUUCUGACGCCGACAGCGCCCACCCACACCCAGGCCUUCGCCGCGCUCAUCUCACUCACAUUCCCGCCUUCCCACCAGGCCUGGUAG